AUGGCCCGCCUUCCGAAUCAGCCCAACCUCUUUGUGGUUGCAACCCGGACCAACAACAUUUGGCUCAUCAACCGGGAUGACAAGGAUUGCACCCUCUCUGCAACGGAGCUCUUUGGGUUCAACACAGGGUCUUACACUGAAGUUCCCUCAGGCGAUGGUGAUGUUUUGGCAUCUUCACUCUCGUGGCGCAUUUCCAAGGACAGUGCUUUGAUCGCAAUGGCAGAUACAAAGACCAUCACCACCAUCCCUGACGUGGUUUGCAAAGUGGCUGGGGAUCGGGGUGUUAUGGAAGUACGAGUUGUUGACCACAAUUUGGCGGCGAAAGUUGAGGUGGAUGGUGCUGGCCUGCAGCAAACGGUGCCGUAUAGGUAUACAGUGACCCCGGCAGUUCAGGUCAAUUCAUUCAGGCCCAAGGAGAUCAGUUCGAGCGAAGACAAGAUGAAUCUUCGCCACCAAAUGUUUGGAGCUUUGUUCCACGGCCGCUACACCGAUCUACCUUCUGCUUCACACUGCGGAAUCAUUUGGGAG